GUCUAGGCUGGACAACAGGGUGCGGCUCAGCGCAUAUGCUUCGUUCGAUGUGACAAGGCUGAUCACUUCUCAUACCCAAGCGACAUCACAGUUUGCUUGUACCUGAGGGCGUGAUGCAAAAUCUGAAAGGAAAAGUGGCCAUCAUAACCGGCGCCUCAACGGGCAUCGGUGAAAGCACGGCUUUACAUUUUGCCUCCGCUGGUUGUUGGCUUACGCUCACUGCACGGAACGAAUCCAACCUAAAGCGAGUAGCGGAAGCAUGCUACGAACGAGGGCUCCCUAGAGACAAGGUGCUUGUAGUUCCCGGCGACAUAUCGGUCGAAAAAGAAGUCGCGAGUGUUGUUAACAAGGCGGUGAAGCACUUCGGAAAAAUUGAUAUACUGGUUAACAAUGCUGGGAUUAUUCAAAAAGGAUCCGUCGAAACAGCCUCUAUGGAAGACUUUCACCGGGCAUGGGCGACUAACUUUUGUGGUCCACUCUACAUGAUGAAAAACGCUCUUCCCUACUUGCGUCACACCAAAGGUUCUGUCAUAAAUGUUUCAAGCGUCGCAUCCAAGAAUCCGGUUCAGAGCGCCGUGCCUUACGCCGUCUCCAAAGCAGCGCUGGACCAGCUGACAGGUUGCGCUGCACUAGAAAACGCUGCCUACGGUGUGCGUGUGAACACAAUUUGCCCGGGUUUUGUGAAGACGACGUUGAUGAUGAAACCUGGUGCCAGCGUAGAGGAACACAUGGAGAAGGUUACGUGUUUGCAGAAACUCGAGAAAGCAGCCGGUCCUGCUCACGCGAUGGGACGAGUUGGCACACCGGAAGAGGUGGCACGCUGCAUCGCCUUCCUGGCGUCUGACGAUGCCUCCUUCAUGACGGGUGCUACACUUGCCGUCGAUGGAGGCCUGCUCCUUUUGUCCAGCACCUCGAGUUUAGCCUUACCUUGAUAGAACCAGAAGCCAACAUGUGCUGCCAACAUGCAGCCACGGCCGCCCGCAACCACGUACACCCAUGGUUUUCUAGCACAGAAUCCUCAGACGUCUUCUUAGCACACCGGCUGUUCCUGACUGUCUUCGCCUGAUAUUUUUAUUUUGUUUUCUUGGUCAGUAUGAACGACAAAGAUGUACCUGGCUUCAAACAUUCUCUAUUCGUAAGGUGACCAUGCAGUUACCAAAUGCUGAACACAACUAAUAUUUUCGUGGCUAUACGGCCCACCAGCUGAGGUUAGCGCGAGACGCCUGCGUCACAUUAUUAACUAGCAAAAUACAACCAUGUCUAUCUACUUUUCCAGGUCUUUUCUUUAAUAUUAGUGACAUUCCUAAAGACUUGCACUUCACCAUGAAAUAUAUUUUCUCUCCUUAGCACUAAACUGCAGGAAAAGGGUAGUGUUCGUUCAGUUGAUGUUUCUUGUAUAAUUCAUUUGAAUAUUGUAUGAGUACCUACUUUUUCAUAAGCUUAUAUUUUUGAAGACUGGAUCUGUAAUAAAAAGGUUUUUAGUCUGCUUCUU